AAGCAGCUUGUAACCGCCCUUCCGACAUCAAACUACAAGGGACACAGCUUGGGGGAGUUACGGGCAUUGCUUUUAAAAAAACUGUAGGUGAAUGGGUUUGAAUGAUGAGGUAAGAUUUUGGGACUCUGUACAACAGUUGUUGAGGAAUAUCAAGAAAAGCCUGUUGUAGUUUGUUUGCUCCGGUUUCUUCCGAUAGUUUUUUUUCUUUAUUGGGAUUGGACCGCUGAUUACGUUCCGCCACCCCCUCCCCCAUCUAAAGCAAGGAGGUAUAAAACCACAACGGCAGUUUGCAAGAGGAAGAAGAGAACAGAGAGGAGAGAUGGCAGAGAACAAGCCAAAUUCUGGCAGCGGCUCGGCUGGAAUCUUUGCCAGGCGUGUCCAGAAGCAGCUGAGUCGUGCUCAGGAGAAGGUCCUGCAAAAGCUGGGAAAAACAGUGGAGACCAAAGAUGAACAGUUUGAGCAGUGCUUUCAGAACUUUCACAAGCAACAGAGUGAUGGAAACCGGCUUUUCAAAGACAUAAAGGCAUACUUCAACGCUGUCAAAGUGAUGCGUGAGACCACCAAACGCCUGUCCCAGUCGCUGAAAGAUGUAUACGAAGAGGAUUGGCACGGUGGAGAAGACUUGGGCGUUAUUGUGGAAAGUGAAGACCUUCUGUGGAACGACUAUGAGGAGAAGAUGGCAGACCAAGCUGUCCGCACCAUGGAGAAUUACAUAAGCCAGUUCCCUGAAACCAAGGAGAGAGUUGCAAAACGUGGCAGGAAGCUAGUGGACUAUGAUUCCUCCCGCCACCACCUGGAGGCGCUGCAGAGUGGCAAAAAGAAAGAUGAAAUGAAAAUAAGUAAGGCCGAGGAAGAAUUUCACAGAGCUCAGACUGUGUUUGAGGACAUCAACCGAGAGCUCAGGGAAGAGCUGCCAGACCUCUAUCAGAGCCGAAUAGGAUGCUAUGUGACCGUCUUUCAGAACAUCUCCAAUUUAAGGGAUGUGUUCUACAAGGAAAUAAGUACGCUGAACAACAAUCUGUACAAUGUGAUGAAGAAGCUGGAAACGCAGCAUUCAGACAAGGCCUUCAUCGUCAAGGGCUGGGAGAGCAGUAGCGCUGGCACUGGCACUAAGAAGAGGAGAUCUCUGAUGAUUUCUGCCCCAAUCCCGUGCAACACGGCGUUCCCCUCAGACCACACCUCCAUCCAGAAGCACAGGGGGGAAGACCAAGAGAAGACGGCCGGAAAUUCUGCCGUUCCCACCGAGAAGGCUGCCGUCCGCACCAGCUCCUCCUCUGGAGAGGCCUCUGAACCCGAAGAGCCCGAGGUCAACUCCAAUAACUGCAGCGACCAGCCCACGGCCAGGAGUGAUGAGGAACCCGUGGGUGUAGAGCGCAAGGAAGAGAAGCAAGGGACGGAGGAGAAGGAGAAGGAGACGGAGGAGAAAGAGACGGAGGAGAAGGAGGCGGAAGAGAAGGAAACUGAGGAGAAGGAGACGGAGGAGAAGAAUGAAACUGAGGAGAAGGAGACGGAGGAGAAGAAUGAAGCUGAGGAGAAGGAGACGGAGGAGAAGAAUGAAACUGAGGAGAAGGAGAAAGAAGUGAACGGGAAAGAGCCGGACGUGUCUGCGGCCCAGUCAGGGCAGGAUUCCACAGAGGAAGGGUCGGCCCAAACUCCGGCACAGGGAGAAAGCGAUGAGGGCAGGAGCGCGCUUCCCAGUUCCGAGCUGGAGGACCUGGCCGCCGGGAAUGCUGACGGCAGACCCGUCCCUGCCCCGCGCAGAGCUACGGAGAAAAGGAUCAGCCUCAAACUGGACACGAACGGCGUGGAGGCAGAGCCCGCAGGCGCAGCUGAGACUGAGAACCCCCCAGGGUUUCUCUACAAGGGUGUGGCGAUGGAGAGCUAUGUAUCAGAGGAAGAGGGAGAGCUGCAGUUCAAGGAAGGAGAUGUCAUUCUUGUCCUUACUUAUGGUGAAGAAAUGCCCAAAGGCAGUGCUAGAGGAGUGAAGGAAAGUGACUGGAUUCAUCACAGGGAUCAACUGGAUCACUCUGGGAUCUUCAAGGAGAACCGGAUCCGGCGGAUUGAUGCCGAGUAACGCUCAAGUUUCUCUUGCGCUGCCUUGGUCCAUUGUUUUGGGGAAAGACAGAGAGGCAAUACAUGCAUCCAUGGGCAUGUGGGCACUAUAAACUUCUGGGAGCCAGAUGAUCACAACCUGACCAUAAAACUUGGUGAGGGCAGACGUCUGAGCCAGGACUAGGAUAAUUUUUUUCAGGCUUCAGAGAAGGCAGAAUCAAACAAACACAGUAUCUUCAACAUUGCGUGUUCAGAGUCCUAGUUCUGGUCUGAAAUGCAACCAACCAACAAGGGAGACAAGGCUCCCGUGCGUCCCCUGCAAGCAUGUGAUUGGCCAAAGUUAUUCCUUGUGGCUAACUGCCAUCUACUCUUCUGUGUCAAUACAAACACCUAUGAUAUUUUAGUAAGCACUUCUGAAAACCAAAUCCAUAUUAUAGUGAAUUGUUCAGAGGAUUCUGGUUUGGUUCUAUAGGUGAACAGUUUUUUUUUUUUGGGGGGGGGGAACUUAUAACAAAUGUAGUUAAAAGUGAGUACUUUUUUAAAGAAAAUUACAAAGGUAUAAGUGAGCACAUUUUUAAACGUAUGCUGUGAAUUGCGUUUGUUUUCUGUCAUUCAUAUUAUUAAUCUCUGACAAAAUGAUUAACAGAGAACAACGCUUGCUCAUAUGGGUGACUUGUAUUAGUCAGUCAAAUGAAGGUAUUUUAAAUGUAAUCUCAAUAAAGUUCAAACUUAAAUGGGGCUGGAAAUAAAUGUCAUUUAUGAAAUUGUAUUUUUCUGAGUUUAUAAGAUUGGUGGGAAACCAUGAUUAAUGUUUAUGGUUUUCUUUUCCAGAAAUGUUUGUGUUUUGUAUGAGAACCCUGCAUUGUUAAAAAAGAACUUGGAUAGCUACAUUAGCUAAAUAUCCUUAUACGCAAUUACUGUUUUUGCAUAUGACCAAGUGAAAUGUAUGAUUUGUGUGUUUCUGCAGUCUAUUCUGCAAUAGAUUUUUAAUUCUGAAACUCAUUGUUCCAAAAUCUAAAUAAAACGAUUACCAAA